AAACCAAACCGAAAAAAUAAAACGAGAGUGUAGAGAACGGCUUUGAGUGUUGGCGAGGCUUUUAGACACCUGACUGGGGAAAAAAAAAAAAAAAAGCGUCUGUUCCUUCUGCAACGUUGCUCCGAGACAUAAAUUUGCCAUGGUUGGUGGUGAAACGCUCCUUUCAGGUCGCAGGCGCUGGCUGGGGCUGGCACCGGCUCCUGCCGCCCCCGACACUAACCCGGAGCCUUUUAACACUAUUUUUUUGUGGUGGCGAGGGAGAGUAACUUUUUUUUUUUGUUUUGAGGACGGAAAUAUGAAAAGCGGGCGAGAAACGCGUCGAAAAUUCGCCUCGUUCACAGGGUUGUAAUAAAACAGGGAGAUCCCUUUUGCUGCUUUAUUGCCGUGCUUAACACCCGCAAAGAUGCUGCUGUGCCUGCCUUGCCUGACCUCCUUCUUUGGGAGCAGAUCCUGCAACGGCAUCAACAAAAAAACCAAGAAAUCUCCCUCUUUGGCAUCCGCCGGCGUUCCAUCCUCAUGGCGAAUUCGUGGGGGUUAUUUUUUUGGGUUGUUUUCGGGAGAAAAGGGAUUUUUAUUUAGGGAGGCGGCCGGGCGCGCGCACGUCCCGCGCACUGUGGGGCUGAUGGCAGCCGCGGGCUCUGCUCUCUCGCCCACCCAGACCAUCCUGAACUCCAUGCACAAGUACCAGCCCAGGUUCCACAUAGUCCGGGCCAACGACAUCCUCAAGCUGCCCUACAGCACCUUCCGCACCUACGUGUUCCCCGAGACCGACUUCAUCGCCGUCACUGCCUACCAGAACGACAAGGUAUGGCCGGGCAGCCCCUGCCCUGCCCCUGUGCCCUGUCCCUACCCCUGCUCUCACCCCUGCCCCAACCCUCACCCCUUUAUUAGGGUGUAUUUACAUACAUGCGUGUGCGUGAGGAUAUUUCGGGGCAGAGUGGCCAAAAAGCAGAAGCAGCUCUCGCUGCCGUCCCUGCGGAUGUACGAGGAGCCCUGCAAGCCCGACCGCGAUGGCGGGGAGUCGGACGCCUCCUCCUGCGAGCCCUCGGCCGUGCGCGACGCCCUCCACUCGCCCGUGGGUGCCCUCCCCAGCCCCCUGCGCCUCAAGGGCAGCGGCAGAGAGGAGAAGCCAGGGGCCGACAGCGAUGCGGAGGUGGAGAAGGUGCCCGAGGAGCGGCCGGUGGCAGCCGCCAGCCCCAGCGGGGAGGACGCGACGCCCCGGGGCAGCCCCCGGUGCCUGGAGGAGCGGGGCAAGGAGAGGCACAGCCCGGAGAAGGUCAAGGAUGGCGCAUCCCCCCGGGAGGGUCCCGGCGAGGGCCUGUUCGGCACGCGGGGCCUGGAGAAGGACAAGGUGGAAGGACGGAGGAAAGAGACGGAGCCGGGCAAGAAGGACACGGAGGGCGGCGGGCUGGGCAAGGAGGCCUUCGCCCCGCUGAUGGUGCACACGGACAGCCCCCCGCACCUCAGCGCCGGGCACCUGCAGAGCCUGGCGCUCUCCGGCCUCCACGGGCAGCAGUUCUUCAGCCCGCUGGGUGCUGGGCAGCCCCUCUUCAUCCACCCGGGACAGUUCGCCAUGGCCCCCGGCGCCUUCUCUGCCAUGGGCAUGGGACACUUGCUGGCCUCGGUGACCGGUGGGGGCAGCCUGGAGAAUGGAGCCCUCUCGUCCGCCCCGGGCGCGGCAGGGACGGCCACCCCCUUCCCUUUCCACCUCUCCCAGCACAUGUUGGCCUCUCAGGUAAGACCCUGCGCCUGUCCUGCAUCCCUAUCCCCAUCCCUGCUGUCUGGUCAGGCCCCGGCACCUCCUCUCCAUGUCCUCCCAAAAGGUACCCUGAAUGAUGGAGGACUUUGGGGAUGCAGGCCAGGCUUGGCUAGCAUCACCCCCCUGUGGGGACAUGUGGGGUGGCCCCAGUGCAGGAAAAGUGCUUUUGGUGCCCCCAGCCUCCCCCUCAGGUCCUCUGCAGCCUCUGGGGACAAGAGGGUGACACCCCUGACAUUGCUGCCUGGUGAGGGACAUUUAGAAAGUUGGCCUCAGGGGUGAUUUGAGGAGGAAUCCUGAUUUUUUUUGCAGCUGCCAUGGUUCUUCCAUAAGCAAGGGCAGAGUCAGGAUCUGUGGCCCUGCCUGACCUGGCUGUCCCCAUCCAGCAUCCCACCGUCUCCCUGUCAGCUUUGAAACAGCUUCCACAAUGCCUGGGCUUGUGCUGCCUUUCCCAUCCCCUCUGAUGAAAUACAUGAAGAUGUCUUUGAACUCCCCUAAUUUAUCGAUCCUGCUUAACAAUGUGUUUUAAUGUGGUUAAAGGGCUGUGAUGCUGCACAGACGAGGG